UGGCUUACGAAAUGGCGAGUGAGCUGAAAAGAAAUGGUGAAACUGUUGCAAUGGUGUUCAUGGUGGAUACGUUCGCAUGGCACCCUAAAGCCCUAACAAACGGUAAAGAAUUGAUGCGAAAGACCACCGAGUUAACCUUAAAGUCAACGGAAAAAUAUGUGACAAGACGACUGCUCGAAAAAAUUGCUUUCGUCGAAAUGGGUAAGAGUAAACAUGACGUCAAUGAUUAUUACGAGGAAUUGCAACAUCAGGAAAAGGUUAUUGAUGUUUUGGAGGAUGAAGCUGCUGAAAAGAAUAUUGUGCUUCGUUUGAAAGAAAGAAUUGAGACAACUAAGUACGAAGUCAGAUCUGCUGCUGAAGCUCAUUUAGAUUGGCAGCCUUCUAAGGUAUCCUAUGACGGGGUAUUGACAUUCGUUUGCUGUGACGAAACUAAGUCAUUCUCUCUUAGCAAGCCAGAGAUAUGGAAAACGUUAGUUGAGAGAAUGGAUUUCCUUUACGCCCCUGGAAGUCAUCUAAAAGUACGAGAUGGAGCUAGUGGAGAAACGUGUGGAUCCAUGAUAAUGACAACAGCAGCAAUGAGCUACCUUUCCAAAUCUCUACACCACAAUUUCCAGGCUGUAAGAACAAGGCGUGAAGAGAAAUUGGUGGAAUUUCUAAAGCAAGGAAUUGUUAUCUGGAUGCUUUCAAGUAAGCAAAAUAUUAAGUAA